AUGAACAAAAAUGGCGUCAUUCCGUGGAUGAAACAGCAAUGGCGGGGCAUAGUGAAAGUGCGUUUGAAAUGGGUGAAGAACCGAAGCCUCGACCACGUCAUCGACAAGGAAACCGAUCUCAAAGCGGCGUGCCUCCUCAAGGACGCCAUCAACCGCUCCUCCACCGCCUUCCUCACGGCGAAAUCUGUCGCUGACUGGCAAAAGCUCCUCGGUCUCACCGUUCCUGUCCUUCGCUUCCUCCGCCGGUACCCCACCCUCUUCCACGAGUUCCCCCACCCGCGCUGGCCCUCCCUUCCCUGCUUCCGCCUCACCGACACCGCUCUCUUCCUACACUCCCAGGAACUCGCACUCCACCAAACCCACCAAAACGACGCCAUUGAACGUCUUUCCAAGCUCCUCAUGAUGACCCACUCACGCGCCCUCUCCAUCCACUCUCUCCACGCGCUCAAGUGGGACUUUGGUUUACCCGACUCCUUCGACAAAACCCUCGUCUCCAACUUCCCUAACGACUUCCAAUUCGUCAAGUCACCCAACGGCAUCGUUUCACUCAAACUAGCACGAUGGCCUGAGGAACUCGCUGUUUCCGCGCUGCAGAAGAGAAACGAGUGUGGGACCCACUACCGUGAAUUCAAGCGGGGACAAUCGGCGCUGGCUUUUCCGAUGAAGUUUCCGAGGGGUUACGGCGCGCAGAGGAAGGUGAGGACGUGGAUGGAGGAAUUUCAGAAGCUGCCUUAUGUUUCCCCCUAUGCUGAUUCCUCCAAGAUUGAUCCUAACAGCGAUUUGAUGGAGAAGCGCGUGGUUGGGGUUCUGCACGAGCUUUUGAGUUUGACUCUACACAAGAAAACCAAGAGGAACUACUUGAGGAGCUUGAGGGAAGAGUUGAAUCUUCCGCACAAAUUUACCCGGAUUUUCACUAGGUAUCCCGGCAUCUUUUACCUCUCGUUGAAGUGUAAAACCACCACUAUUACUCUCAGGGAAGGGUACCAGAGUGGGAAACUGGUGGACCCGCACCCUCUUAUUCGACAUAGAGAUAAGUUCUACCGUGUCAUGCAGACGGGGCUUCUCUAUCGCGGGGAUGGGUCAUUGAAACACGAGGAGAACAAUUCGUUGGUUGAAAAUGAUGAACUAAGAAGUGAGGAAUCUGAGGAGGAAGGGAUUGAAACGGGUGAUGAAUUGUGCGAGGGUGAAACUAGUGAUGAACUCUGCUAG